AUGGCUUUGUCUACCGCACUCGCAGCCGUCGCUGUUGCGGCACUCCUACCUUCGACCAGCGCCGCGAGUGGCUCCUAUAGCAUCAUCAAGGACUACAGCGGCAGCACCUUCUUCGACGACUGGGUCUUCUACGGAAAUUACGAUAACUUGACGAACGGAGAUGCCAUCUUCGUGAAUCGUAGCUUGGCUACCUCGGACCAGCUCGCCUACGUGAACGACGCCGGCAAUGCCAUCAUCCAGGUCGACAACACGACGACGGUCCCAUACAACUACAAACGCGACACUGUGCGCAUUGCCACUGCGGACCAGUACUCGCUCGGAUCCCUCUGGGUUGUUGAUAUGACACAUAUCCCGUACGGCUGCUCCGUCUGGCCGGCUUUCUGGAGUCAGGCAUCCGUAUGGCCCCAAGGUGGCGAGAUCGACAUCCUCGAGGGUGUAAACUUGCAGACCGUAAACGAGAUGGCGCUUCACACGGAUAACGGAUGUACUAUGACGGGUCAGGUGCAGACGGGAACAAUCAGCUCCUCGAACUGCUCGUACGAGUACAACUCGAAUCAGGGUUGCCAAGUCGUGGACCCCAGCACGAGCUCCUACGGCGAGGCAUUCGCAAAGGCGGGAGGUGGUGUCUGGGUUACGGAGUUCUCAACGUCCGCCAUCAACAUCUGGUACUUCAAUAGGAGCUCUGUUCCCUCUAGUAUUUCCGGCAAUGAGUCGAGCUUAUCUACGAGUGACUUCGGCACGCCAACGGCGAACUAUCCCAGCACGGACUGCAACAUGGAGAAGUUCUUUGCUCCCCAGACUAUCAUCUUUGAUAUCACCCUUUGCGGCGACUGGGCUGGUUCGAACUCGACCUUCCAGCAGACUUGCACGGGCACUUGCUACAACGACUACGUUAUUGGCACCGCAAGCUACUAUAGCACGGCUUAUUUCGAGAUUAGCUCCUUGCGCAUCUACAGCAACGGAACCGAUGUUGUCACUGCUGGGAGCGGGGAUGGCUCAAGCUCUGGCUCCAGUACCGCGUCUGCCAGCAGUAGCAGCAGCACCAGCUCUAGCGACUCGAAUAGCGGUGCGGCGUCGCCUUACGCUCAGGCGCUUACCAUCGGUGGUAUACUCGCGGCAGGCUCUGCCGCCAUCGCUGCGGCUAUGCUACGUCCGAAGCGCACCGAAGACUGGUCUCUCGCGCUCUUUCUCCUACACUCUCUGUUAGACUCUUGUUACACAUCCGCUCAGACACCAGUCGUAAUCUGUCGUUUUUGCUUUGCUUGCUCGCUCCGCAUCUGCUGUCCGCCCAUGUCGCCGCAUCUAUUCUUAGCUCUCUUAGGCGCCGUCGCCCUGCCUGUGUCCACCGCAACCGGCACGUACAGCAUUGUUGAAGACUUCUCCGGGACAACCUUCUUCGACAAAUGGACCUUCUAUGAUAACUUUGAUAACCUCACUAAUGGCGAUGUAAUUUGGGUGAGCGAGGAUACCGCGCGCUCAACCAACCUUGCGUAUGUCAACUCGGCCGGAAAUGCCAUUAUCAAAGUCGACAACUUCACACAAGUUGCAAACAACCAAAAGCGCAACUCCGUACGAAUCUCGUCCAAUGACGAGUUUCGCGUAGGAUCGGUCUUUGUGGCAGACAUGUUGCACGUUCCCUUCGGCUGCUCCGUAUGGCCCGCAUGGUGGUCACAAGCGCCCCAUUGGCCCGCUGGUGGAGAGAUCGACACGUUUGAGGGUGUCAAUAUGGUCACCCGCAACCAGUAUGCCUUGCAUACGGAGGAUGGCUGCACGGUCUCGAAUCCACUACAAACCGGUAUCGAUAACUCGACCAACUGCGCGGCAUCUGCCAACUCCAACCAGGGCUGUGUCGUGACUGAUGUCAAUACGCAAUCGUACGGCGAGGCGUUUGCAUCUGCGGGCGGAGGUGUCUUCGUGACAGAGUUCGCGGAGUCCGGUAUCAGCAUCUGGUUCUUCUCCCGAAGCGAGGUUCCUUCAUCCCUGACCGGAAACUCGUCUACAAUCGACACCAGCGCCUUUGGAACUCCAUCAGCGAACUAUCCAACGGACAGCUGUAACAUCGACAAGUUCUUUGCCGCUCAGCAUCUUAUCUUCGACAUCACAUUAUGCGGCGACUUCGCGGGCAACGCCGCGGUGUUCGCACAAACAUGCUCUGGUUCGUGCUACUCAGACUAUGUCAUUGGCGCACCAAGCAACUACGACAACGCAUACUUCGAGGUGCAGCACGUCCGCGUGUACGGCGGCAACGACACAGUUGUACCUCCCAGUGAACAAGGAGCGGCCGCAACAAUAAGGCCGUCAUUAUGGCAGAUGUUCAAGCUCGUUCUUUUCAGUAUGCUUAUACCGCUAUGGGCCGCUUGA